UUGGUGCGCAACUGACUACGCAGGACUAUUUAUAGAAUGUCAAUUCACCGGUACCUGUAACCGGAAGUCACACCUGAGGUUGGCGUAGACCUUUGAGACGACGAUAUUGCCGUCCCUCAGGAAAGAUCUCGGUAACCGACCAUGGAUGGUGGUAAGAAGGUCUGGGUGCCCCACCCGACUGAGGGGUUCAAAUUGGGGCGUAUAGUGGACAUAGGGAGUGACAGUAUAGCUAUAGAACCAUUUGAUGCUCCAGGCACUACAAUCAAUGCUAUUUAUGAUCGGACGUUUCCUGCUGAGGAGUAUGAUAACAAAGAUGUGGACGACAACUGUGCUCUUAUGUAUCUGAAUGAAGCCACUCUCCUGAACAACCUGAGAAUUCGAUACAUGAAAAACCAGAUCUAUACAUACACUGCCAACAUUCUGAUAGCCAUUAACCCAUACUAUGAGAUCCCAGACUUGUAUACCUCGACAACGAUCAAGAAAUACAAAGGGAAGUCACUGGGGACACUUCCUCCCCACGUCUAUGCUAUAGCUGACAAGGCGUUCCGCGAUAUGAAGGUGAACAAGAUGAGUCAGUCCAUCAUUGUCUCAGGAGAGUCCGGGGCCGGGAAGACCGAGUCCACCAAGUACAUUCUGAAAUAUCUCACAGAGUCCUGGGGGGCUCAUAUUAAUCAACUCGAACAGAGGAUACUCGAGUCCAACCCAUUGCUGGAGGCAUUUGGAAAUGCCAAGACUGUCAGAAACAACAACAGUAGUCGAUUCGGGAAAUUCAUCGAAAUUCAUUUUGACAACAAGGCCAUGAAACAACAAGUAUGUAUUGGUAACUUGGUAGCUGGAGGAUUUAUCUCCCAUUAUCUACUGGAGAAGUCGCGAGUUACAAGUCAGAGUCGUGAGGAACGGAAUUACCACAUUUUCUACCGACUUUGUGCCGGGGCCCCGGAGGACCUACGCAAUCAACUAAAAUUGGCCUCACCAGACCAUUUCCAUUAUUUAAACAGAGGAUGUACACAAUACUUCUGUACCCGGGAAAAUGACAAGAAACUGGGGAAAGACAGAAAAAGUCAAAUGUACUUAAAGCAGGGCAGUCUUCAUGAUCCGGUCCUGGAUGAUGUCCGAGAUUUCCAGGUGUGUGACAGUGCCAUGACUCACCUGGGGGUUUCUAACGAGGAUAAGCAUUCUAUCUACACACUGGUGGCUUCAGUUCUACACCUGGGAAACAUCAUGUUUGAAGAAAAUAUGGAUGACACUAAAGGUGGUUGUAAGGUUGGCUCAUCAUCAGAGACCUCCUUGUCCACUGCCUCCACACUCCUGGGUCUGAACAAGGAGGAGCUACAGGAAAGUCUGACCACCAGGAUCAUGCAGACAGCUAGGGGUGGAUCUAAAGGCACAGCCAUCAAAGUUCCACUGAAGUCUGGAGAAGCUGCUAGUGCCCGAGAUGCCCUCGCAAAAUCUAUCUACAGUAGACUGUUUGAUUACAUCGUGGCCAGUGUCAACAAGGCUAUUCCAUUUUCCUCUACUGUUAGCUACAUAGGCCUUCUGGACAUUGCUGGGUUUGAGUAUUUCCAAGUAAACAGUUUUGAGCAGUUCUGUAUCAACUACUGUAAUGAAAAACUUCAACAAUUCUUCAAUGAGAGGAUUCUUAAAGAGGAACAAAUUCUGUAUGAGAAGGAAGGUUUAAAUGUAAAGAAAAUCACAUGGACAGACAACCAGGACUGUAUAGACUUAAUAGAGACAAAAGCCAAUGGUAUUUUUGAUUUGCUUGAUGAGGAGAGUAAGCUGCCAACACCCAAACCUGAGCACUUCACAAUGGAGGUCCACAACCGCAACAAGACACACUUCAGACUUAGUUUGCCCAGAAAGUCCAAGUUAAAGAUCCACCGGGAUGUUAGAGAUGACGAGGGAUUCCUGAUCCGCCAUUUUGCUGGAGCUGUCUGUUAUCACACUAAUUUGUUCUUAGAGAAAAACAAUGAUGCCCUUCAUGCUUCGCUUGAGUUCCUGAUACAAACCAGUUCUAACAAGAUGCUGAAGACAAUGUUUGAGGGAAUCCAAGUCUCCUCAGGGAAACUUAACUUUAUUAGUGUGGGAAGCAAGUUCAGAUCUCAGCUGCAAACUCUGAUGGAGAAACUCAAGAGUACGGGAACAAAUUUCAUCAGAUGUAUUAAGCCCAAUGUAAAGAUGGUUGACCAUCUCUUCGAAGGAGGGCAAAUUUUAAGCCAGCUUGAAUGCUCAGGUAUGGGUUCUGUGUUGGAGCUGAUGCAGCAGGGGUUCCCCUCUCGCACACAGUUUGCUGAUCUCUACAAUAUGUACAAGAAAUACAUGCCUGCUGAUAUAGCUCGUCUGGACCCUAGACUUUUCUGUAAAGCCCUGUUUAAAGCUUUAGGAUUGAAUGAAAAUGAAUUCAAAUUUGGUCUCACAAAAGUCUUUUUCCGCCCUGGAAAAUUUGCGGAAUUUGACCAGAUUAUGAAGAGUGACCCUGAAAAUCUCGCCAUGUUAGUGAAGAAGGUCAAACGCUGGCUCCUGUGUUCUCGAUGGAAGAAAGCUCAGUGGUGUGCACUCUCAGUAAUCAAAUUGAAGAAUAAGAUUCUUUGGAGAAGAACUCAGAUCAUCACGUUACAGAAGUCUGUCAGGAUGUGGAGAGAUGUCAGGAGAUUCAGACCAAAGUAUGAGAUGAUUGUACAGGUAAGACAGUCUCAGGCUCAGCUCUCACAGAUGGAGGAGAUCAUCAGCCAACUGAAGAAGGAAAAAGAAAAGGCAACCAAACAAGCCAAGGACAUCGAAAAGGCCUUCCUGGACUUUGUUCAUAAAAUCAGGACAACAAACAUUUCCCCAGAAGAGAUGCAGAGGACGAUGAAUCACCUGCUGAGUCAGAUGGAUCAGACUUUCCAAGAUCUGAGGAAGAAACUGGAGAACGAGAAAAUCAAGGCGGAGCAGGAGAGGCUCCGAAAAAUACAGGAGGAAAUGGAAAGAGAAAAGAAACGAAAGGAAGAAGAAGAAAGAAGGAAAAGACAGGAGGAAGAAGAGAGAAGGCUAAAAGCAGAAAUGGAGGCCAAACGUAAGAGGGAAGAGGAAGAGAGAAAGAAAAGAGAGGAAGAAGAAAAGAAACAGAAGGCUCUGAUGGCAGAACAGCUAGCAAAGGAGAGAGAGGAGAACAAGAGAAGACAAGAGAUCUUGGAACAAGAGAGACGUGAUCGAGAGCUGGCUCUACGUCUGGCAUCCGAGGAUCAGAAUGAGGUGGAAGAUGUGGUAGUUCCUCCUCUACAGAGCACUGAUGAUGGUAGAAAAUCUGAGGAAGUGCGGGCAUCCCGAGCAGCUGCUCUACAGAAGAAGUACGAUCUGUCCAAGUGGAAGUACGCAGAGCUCAGAGACGCCAUCAACACAUCAUGUGACAUUGAGUUAUUAGAUGCAUGUAGAGAAGAGUUCCACAGGCGUCUGAAAGUGUACCACUCCUGGAAACAAAAGAACAAGAAGAAGACCGGUGCUAAAGAGGAUGAAAGGGCACCAGAAAGUGUUCUCUCCAAUGCUGAUGAGCCACAGGUGGCUCCAAAACAAAGCAAACCAGCUGUGGAGAACCAGCAGAGAUUUUUCCGUAUUCCAUUUGCACGUCCAGCUGAUGAAUUCCGUGAUGACCCCACCCACAAGAAACAUGGUCAGUGGUAUGCCCACUUUGAUGGUCAGUAUAUUGCCCGCCAGAUGGAGCUUUAUCCAGACAAACAGCCACUCCUGCUAGUUGCUGGAGUUCAUGACCUACAGAUGUGUGAGCUGAGUUUAGAUGAGACCGGACUCACUCGUAAAAAAGGAGCCGAAAUCCUUGGCAAGGACUUCGAGUCGGAGUGGAACAAACACGGAGGACGGGAACUUCUUAAAAAGAAUGCUAACAAAGUCUCUUCUGCAUUUCUUAAAAAACGACUAGGAGUUGUAAGACAGUGAACUAUAGGUUUAUAAUUACAUUUGGGGACCAAUAGUUUUAGCUAGAAUAGAUGUUUAUUUAUUGAGUGGAAGCUAAUCUACACAACAAAGAAAUGUUUUCUUUUAAAGCUAUUUUUAUACAAGAGUACUUAGUAGGAUGUUAAAAUGAAACCUACACAGGGUUAUUUUCCCUCAUAUUUUGUAGUCAGUCUAAUUUUGCGUGUUGAAAUUUCUUACAAAUUUUUGUCUUGUAAUGUUGUUUGCUUGUAUGUUGACUGUUUGUAUGCAUUUAGUAAUUCUUAAAAUGAAAUAUGUAAGCAGUAUUGAAUUACUUGCUUGUUAAAUAUUUCUUAUAAAGUUUUUAAGAUAUACACUGUAUAUAUAUCAUGAGAAAGAAUACAAAGUAUAGAAUUCUACAAAUACAACUGAAAUGUAUCUUACUUCCUGUAAUAUAUAGAAAAGAAAUGUAUAAAAUGUGUAUAACAUUCACAUGUACGUACAAGUACUGGUUUUGUGCAAUUAAAAAUUAAGACACCUGGAAUUGUAAAGGCACAUUUAGAAUUGAAAAAAAGGUAUUCAUUUCGUUUGUUUGUGAUAUGUAGAUGUGGUUGGUUUUUGGAAUUUUUGUUUUAGGUAAUAGAGAUAUUAAAUUCACAGAAAAAAACAUGAAAAUGAGAAAUAAGUGCAUGAUACAAACAAAUGUACAUUUCAGCAUCAGUUAAUAAUAUAUACAAUACAGCGUAUUAAACUUCACAAGUAAACAGAAAAUGACAGAACAUUGAAGCCAGAGACAAUGCACAUUAAACUUAAAUACACAGAUGAAGUGAAAGAAAAAAUAUAUAGUGAUGGAUAACCUGACAACAAAAGUAAUAUCAAACCAGCAGCUGGUCUGGGUUUAUGAUCUUUUUGUAGAACAUUGUAGACUAUUGUUUACAGUUUUUUUUUUACCAUUUACCUGGGCCAGGUAAUUUAGAGAAUAAUUUAGUUUUAUUUCAUGUAUUUCUGGAGAGGAACUGCCUUUAGUUGGUAAAUGCUAUUUUGAAGCACAAGUCUAUUUUUUUUUUAUCAUAGAAUUAAUAUAGCAUAUAUGUGGAUAAUGAUAACUAUAUAUUGAGCCAUCUGAAAUCAUAUUGUUAAAAUAUGCUCUCUUUCAAAUCUGAGAUAUGUAUGCUUUUCUGGCAGUCAUGAGAAUUUUAUUAAAAAAAGAUAAAGGAAAGAUUUUUCAAAUGUGAUACAUACAUGAUGGAAGAGAAUGAUACAAUGAACUUGUCUAAUUGAAUAUUACUGGUUCAGAAGGAAUUCGCCUGAUAAUAAAACAGUUUUUCAGAUGAAAUAAUAUUUCAAAGUUAAAGAUAGAUUAGGCAUUUAUAAACGUAUAUGUCUCAAAAUACAAGGUAACGGAAUAUAGAACGUCUUGGAUUGAGACAAGUUUCACUGUAAAUAAAUUAUAUCUCCUGAAGAAAGUACAUGCACUGUUAUAAGUGACAGUUUUUUUCAUAUGACCAGAAACCUUUCUCAGUCUGGUUAAGAUGUGAUGUCGUGAGUGGUUGUAAUACAAGCACAGCUCUGGUGCUUCUCAUUCAUCAAAGGUUACUGUGAUGGAUUCGCCUGAAUUUAUAUGUUGUCUAUUUUUAUGUAAAAGAAAAUUGGGCCAAUAAAUGUGUGCAUCUAAAAAAC